AUUUAGCUUUUCUUCCAGCAAAAGUCCUCAAGCUGAACGUUUUGUAGCAAAAGAAAAAUGGCAGAAGAUGAGAGCUUAUUGUAUAUGAACAAUUUGUACAGCAAUGCCACAUAUGAAGCUCUUGGUCGAGACCUAGUAAAUUGGUAUUUCCAGCAUCAAGUAGUCAUAUGGACUGUCGUAGCAAUCACUCCAAUCACUAUCACGCUUCUAUUGCCAUUUGUUAUGUUAACAUUAGUGUACAUAUCUGCACUUUAUUUGAAAGCAUAUCGAUAUUAUUAUAAAAUAAAUGGCUACACCUUUACACCGAAGUGUUGGGAAACUGCAAGAGCUAUUUUGGCCUAUGUAUGGGAUGCACAUUCAAGGUUUUGGUAUGGUUACGAUAUUGAAGGCUUGGAGAAUAUUCCUAGUGAAGGGCCUGCAUUAGUUGUAUUUUAUCAUGGUGCCAUGCCAGUUGAUUGGUAUUAUCUUCUUUCAAAAACUAUUAUUCACAAAAAUCGUCUGAUAUGUGCCGUUGGCGAUAGAUUUCUUUUUAAAGUCCCUGGAUUUGAUGCUCUUAUUGACUGCUUUCAAAUUUACCCUGGGACAAUUGAUACCUGUGCAGACAUAUUGAGAAAAGGAAAUCUUCUGGCUAUUGCACCCGGUGGUGUUAGAGAAGCUUUAUUUGGAGAUGAAAGCUAUCCCUUAAUCUGGGGUAAAAGGAUAGGUUUUGCUAGAGUUGCCAUGGAAGCUAAAGUGCCAAUCAUUCCAGUCUUCACUGAAAAUAUCAGAGAAGCUUUCUUUACUCUCAAAUUAGGAAAGAAUUGGCUUCGAAGCAUUUAUGAACGAACAAGAAUACCCUUAGUUCCUAUUUAUGGCGGGUUCCCGGUGAAAUUAAAAACAUAUGUUGGACAACCUGUUCCUUAUGAUCCCGAGUUAACACCAGAGGAAAUGGCAGAAAAGGUUGCUGAUAGAAUGAAAGAAAUGAUAAAAAAGCACCAAAAACUUCCUGGAAACAUAUCCCGCAGCAUGUUAGAAAGAAUUCAGCAUUUGUUUAAGUUGAAAAGUUUGUGAAUUUAAAACCUUUUGGACUCGUUUUCUAUUCCAUGUUCAUCCUCAUCUUAAAUAAGUGUUCAAAACGAAUUUGUUUGCAACCACUCAUGCUCAUAAAAGUAUUAUUGUGGGAAGGUUUUUCUUUUUUCAUCUUCGGUUUUUCAUUUUGACAUUGAUA